AUUAUACCAAAUUGUCCCUCAAUUCCAAUGCUGCAAAACCCAAGGACCUCUUGGAUUGGACCGGAUCCAGAAGAAAAGAGAUAAUGGCGAAACUUCCUUUGCUACUGAGUACGAUCUUCAUCGUCCCUUUGGGCCUUCAAGAACCCUGCUGGGAAAGAAGUUGAGAUAUGGUGUUGGUAGUGAACAUGCUAUCCCUUCUAUCAUCUAGAAGAGAUCUUGUGGAUCUAUUUGGGUGCAUCAUUUUAGUCAUUUUUUGCUAGUUCGACUCUUUACGUAUCUGCCUAUGCCCAUCAAAUGGAGAGGGAAUAUUCCAACCGAAGUCUUUCAAGUAGAGGAGGUUCUGAGAUUGGAAGCCAUUAUGUGGUGGAAGCAGGGUUUUAUAUGACAUCUUUUGCUGCAACUCUUUUCCUUGCUGCACUUGUAACAUGCGGGGUUUUAUUAGUCACUUUGCUGAUUGCAUUAACAGUAAUGUUGCAAUCCUGUGAAAGUAGGAACGCGGGAAUUGUUGAGAUAUCGAAAGCAAAUGAAAAUUACAAUUACUGCAAGAUCUUCUCUCUGCAUGCUGAGCUCAACAGUUUGGAUGUAGAUCAGUUCCCUGAAAUCUGUAGGAUUACUGCUGUUCAGUACAUAAAAGAAGGUCAAUAUGCGAAAGAUUUAAAUCUUACAAUGGGGGUGGCUGAAAACUACUUCAAUGGAGUUAGGCCGCUAGAGGAUGGUCUAGAUAUGGUGUUGAUGGACAUAGAUGACUUUUUGCCUUUAACUUCUCAUUGCACUGAUCCAUUGCAGUCUCGAAUCAGUCAAUUUGGUUGUGGUGAUUGUCUUCAAGAGGCAAAAAAUCUGAAACAAAUAUUCAUUCUGAAAUUGUACACAAAACUUCAAGCUGGUGGGUGGAAAUUGAUUUUAUUCUCAAGGAAACCUGAGAAACAACGGAAUGCCACCAUAGAGUACCUUAUUUCUGCUGGAUAUGGUGGUUGGUCUUCAUUGGUUAUGAGAUUGGAAGAUGAAAUGCAAAUGGAUAGCCGUGAAUACUUUUCCAGACUAAGAAAUUCACUGCAGAAACAGAGCUGCCGCAUCACAGCUGUGAUUAGCAGCCAAAUGGAUGCUUUAACAGGCCCAUAUUCAGGAAAUCGCAUGUUCAAACUUCCAAGCCCUAUUUAUCACAUGGAGCAUUAUUUUGAAAGCACAAACCUGCCUCAAUAGUACAUCAUGUUUCUGAGGCGGCACAACUAGUAUCUAAUUCAUUCACGUGUUCCUCAUUGGGGGCCCAUCGGUUGUAUAUUCUGCUCGGCCUUAAUUGUUGGUAGUACUGAAAUUCAUAGUAUUGAAAGUAUUUUCUAGGAAACAAUUUGUGGUAGAGUUGCUUUAUGUAAAUUUGAUGGUUGUCUGCUCUUGGAGGGUAUCAUCACCACCAAGUAUGAGAGGCAAGAAAAUAGAAUAGGCUUGUCUCAAUUAUUUGAGUUGUGUUUUUGAAUUGUAUAUUUUGUAAUUAUCAUUAUGAGAACAAAUGAAUGUUACUAUUGCUUGUGGAAAUAUAUGGUGCUCAAAAGAAAUUCUUUUGCUUGGAA